AUGUCCAAUCGAUACGGCGGCAGCUUCCGCAACGGCAACGGCUACGGCAACUUUGGUGCUCCGCCGCCACAGCAGCAGAACCCGCCUGCACGACAGCAGCAGCCUCCUCCACCGCAAGCAUCGCCGGCGCGGCAGCGACUCCAGCCACAACCGCAGCAGCAGCAGCAGCAGCAGGACGAGUACGACCCGUACGGCGACGGGUACAGCAGCAGCAAUGGGCGAGGCGGCGGAGGCUACAUGAGCUCAUCGUCGCGCGGCGGGGACGACCGCAGUGACCGAGGAGACCGGGGCGACCGGGGCGACCGUCGACCUCCUCCACGAAUGGGCGGCAGCGGCGGCGGUGGACGCCAGAUGUACCGGCAGGCCGACAGCGAAGACGAGCCCUACGACCAGUACGACGACCGCGGCCCUCUGCCACCCACACAGCGCCGUCCGCGACAGCAGCCCUCGAACCAGCAGCUCCAGUCGCAGCAGCAGCCACCAUAUGGACGACAGGGACCCGGUGGUGACCGCGGCGGUGGCUACAGCGGCGGCGGCUACGGCGGCGCGUCGUUGCAGCCCGAACGCCGCCAGAUCGGCCAGGACGCGCUCGACCGCAUCCGCGCCGAGUGGCCGGCCAUGUGCCAGACGGACUGCGUCCCCGUCCAGAUGGCCCUGCAGCUGCUCGACAGCAGCUCCGUCGGCCGCGCCCACGAGUACCGCGCCUUCCAGCGCACCCACCAGUACCUCCAGGACUCGCUCAAGGGCAUCGUCCACGACUACCACCAGGGCUUCAACAGCUCCAUCGGCACCUUCCACAAGAUCCAGAGCAGCAUCCAGGCCUCGCAGAAAAAGGUGCGCACCCUCAAGGAGGGGCUCGCGGCGUCCAAAACCAGUCUCUGCAAGACGGACCCGGAGCUCGCCAAGCUGUACACGGCGUCGCAGCAGUACGACGAUCUCCUGCAGACCCUGGCCGACCUGGACGAGCUGCGCCAGGUGCCCGAGCGGCUCGAGGCGCGCAUCUCGGAAAAGCAGUUUCUGACGGCCGUCGAGGUCCUGCAGAACGCGCUGCGCAAGCUGCGCAAGCCCGAGCUCGACGGCAUCGGCGCCCUGUCGGAUCUGCGGAGCUACCUCGCGAACCAGGAGACAGCGCUCAUGGACAUCUUGGUCGAGGAGCUGCACGAGCACCUCUACCUCAAGUCGCCGUACUGCCAGGAGCGCUGGCAGACGCUGGCCAAGCACCAGGGCGCGGGCAGCGGAAGCGGCGGCGGCGCCGCCGCCGCCUCCACGACGACCGCCACCGCGGCGGGGACCCGCAGCAGCGCGACACCUACGCCCGGUGUGUCGGUGCUCGGCGCCUCCAUGGGCCCGGCUGCGUCGGCCGCCGACACCCCCGCCAACUUUGUGCCCUUCUUUGCCCUGCUCGACAGCAUGGACGUCGAGCAUGCCGUGCAGGAAGACCCAGCGCGCAACCCGGAGGGCGACACCUUUUACUACAUCACGCUCGUCAUCGAGUCCCUGAACAAGCUCGGCCGCCUCGAGGCCGCCGUCGACCAGCUGAAACAGCGCCUGCCCGUGGAGCUCUUUUCCGUCGUCCACGAGACCGUCAACGAGAUCGACCAGAAGCACCCCAGCUCCCUUCGGGGCGGCAGCGGCAGUGGGACUGGCUCCUACCUGGCACGCGGCGGCUCGGGUGGCGGCAGUGGCGGUGGUGGUGACGGAACCGGUGCCAGCGGCGGCGGCGGCAGUGGCUCGGGUGGGGCAGCGGGUGCCGCAUCGUCCUCAUCCGCCGCAGCGGCAGGCGCUUCUACUGCCGCCAGCGCGGGCCUCCACAUCUACGGCAGCCGGGAGAUGCAAAUGCGCGCCGACGUCAUCUACGAUCUCCUGUGGACUCUGUAUGGCAAAUUUGAGGCCAUUGCCGAGGGCCACCGCAUCUUCCACGAGUACAUCAAGGCGCUGAUCCGCCGCGAGGGCGCCGGCAACAACAGCGCGCUGCUGGGCAGCUUCAAGGAGCUCUGGAACCUGUACCAGAACGAGAUCCGGUCCCUGCUGCACAACUACGUCACCACCGAUGCCGACCUCUACCGAAGCGGCAGCCACGGCGGCGGGGACCGUGGAAGUAUGUUUUUGAACGGCGGCGGGCUUCGGAACGGCGCGCUUGGCGCGGGCGGCAGCCGCGACAACAUGUUCAAGUUCAACGAGGCCGAUGCCAAGUCGCUCGAGAUGGCCACCGAGUACGACGCACUGGACGGCAUCAUCCGCGCCGCUGUUCCCGGCCUGACGAGCAACAACGGCGCGGGCGGUGCUGCUUCUGGCGGCACUGCCGCCGCCAUCCGCGGCGGGCGCAAGGGCGGUGACAAGAAGGGCGGGCGAAAGAGCUACGGCGCUGCAGGCAGUCUCGACCCAUUGUCGCAAGCCGGUGGCGGCGGUGGCGGUGGUGGCGGCGGCGGCGACUUCCACAAGUCGCUUGUCGAGCCCAGUGUGUUCAACAUGAGCCUGCUUCUGCCGCCGACGCUGGUGUUCUUGCAGCGGCUGCGGGGCAUCGUGCCGCCCGGGUCCGACCUGGCCGCGAGCACGCUGACGUCGUUCCUCGAUAACUUUUUGGUCAACGUCUUCCAGCCGCAGCUGGACGAGACGCUCGGCAAGCUCAGCGACGCCGUCUUUGGCGAGGCAGACGCUUUCCAGAUCGAUCCGCAAUGGAGCCAGGUGGCGCGCCGGCCUGUGUUCAAGGGCACGACGGCCUUUUUCUCCGUCGUCACGGCCUUCUGCCGCAUGCUCGGCACCAUCCCGCACGACCAGGCGCUCAGCGCGCUGAUUAUCACGCAAAUGAUGCGCUACUACGAUCGGUGCUUCAGCUGGUACAAGGCGCUUGUGACCAAGACGCAGGUCGACAGCAGCGGCAGCGGCAGCGGCAGCACCACCGAUUCGACAGCCAACACGUCCAGCCCGACGGGAAGCGACGCCGACUCCCAGCGUCUGCGCGUGUCGGCUGUGCUCGCCCUCGAGGGCAGCGAUGUGGCCAAUACAGUGCGUGCGCUCUGGGCCGUCGAUGAGGAGCUGGCCGACGCAGCCGAAACCGGCGCCGCGUCUACAGCAGCCACCUCGGCCGUCGACGAUCCGAUGGUCCUCAUGCUCAAAAAGACAGCGCUGCUGCAGCGCGAGGUGGAGCAGCUGCUGGCGCGCUACAGCGGCAAGAGCCAACGCCUCGGCAUGAGCGACGUGAUCUCCGACCGCGAUGCCAUCACGUCCUUGUGCUUGCUGUACACGAGCAUGAAGUGGCUGGCCGUCAAGAUUGGCGGCCUGCGGCACAUUACACGACCCGACGGCGACCCUGUCGGCCCCGGCCGUGGCGCAGGCAGCAGCAACAGCGGCGGAGGUGCGAGCGGCGCGGCGGGCUCCGGCUCGUCGUCCGCCCUGGUCAAGCCCGACAAGCGGCGGUGGACGCUGCUCAACACGGAGUCGGGCAAGGCUCUGGCCGAUUCUGGCCCCGUCUACCUGCCCAUGACACAAGAAUCUGUGCAAUCCUUUGAUAGCAUUGUGUCGUCGUACGAGGAGCUCGCGGCCACGUCGCUGCUAACGCUGCACCUCGAAGUGCGCUGCCGCAUCGCCUACGCGCUCGGCGUCGCGCUGUCCCCCGAGGCCACGGCGCCGUACUUGCUCGACCAGGACGUCAACGAGCCCGACCCGCAGAUCCUGUCGCUCAACAGCGAGCUCAUCGCGUACGACGAGACCGUCGUCCGCUGCCUCGUGCGCGACCGCGAGGUCGACUUUGUGCGCCAGGGCCUGGGCCGCCUGGUCAACGCCUAUCUCGUCGGCAACGCCAAGAUGGUCACGCCCAUGAACAGCCGCGGCUGCGGGCGCAUGCAGCUCAACAUCCUGGUGCUCCAGCAAAACCUCAAGAACAUUGAGGACGGCGUCGACCUGGCGCGGGCCGCCAACUACUACGCCUUGUUCGACAAGGGCCCCGACGCCAUUGUGGCCAAGGCCAAGGAGUGCAAGGAGCGCACGGAGGCGGAGGCCGCCGCCACGGAUGCCGCCGCGGAUGCCGCCAUGGGCGCCGACGGCGAGGCGGCCCACCGCAACGACACGUUUACGUACGACGAGCUCAAGGAGCUGAUUGAGCUGUACUACUCGGAGCAGCUGGCGAACCCGGAGCGGGGUAUUGAGAACGCGGCACGGCGGCAGAUGGGCGAGAAGCUGAUGGAGCUGGGCGAGCACCUGUGGCAGAUGUGA